AUGGAACAACCUAUUGGUAUUGUGGAUAGCAAGCUCCCUGGUCAUGUAUGCAAGCUCAUAAAGGCUCUUUAUGGUCUAAAACAAGUGCCUAGGGCUUGGUUUCGUAGACUCUCACAGGCUCUCCUUCACCUGGGAUUCAUUGGCUCUUUAGUAGACACAUCCCUCUUCAUACUUCAUCGAGAUUCAGUCCAUCUAUUUAUACUAAUAUAUGUAGAUGACAUUAUGAUCACUGGUACUGACUCCACUAUCAUUGCAUCAAUUAUUUCUAGUUUGCAUGAGGAAUUCAAACUCAAGGAUCUAGAUUGCAUGUCCUACUUCCUUGGCAUCCAUGUUUUUAGAGACAAGACGGGACAACAUCUCAAUCAAAGCAAAUACAUAGUUGAUCUCCUUACACGGGUCAACAUGAUUGGAGCUAAGCCGUAUGCAGCUCCAUGCACCUCAGGGCAGAAGCUCACAAAGAUGGAUGGUGAUGCUCUACCAGACCCUACUGCAUACAGACACAUUGUUGGAGCCUUACAGUACUGCACUCUUACUAGGACAGACAUUGCCUACUCUGUCAACCAACUUUGUCAAUUCAUGCAUUGCCUCACAACUGCCCAUCUUCAAGCUGCCAAACGAGUACUAAGAUAUCUCAAAGGGACUCUAGACCAUGUUUUACACUUUACUCCUGGACCACUUCAAAUACAUUCCUAUUGUGACUCCGAUUGGGCAGGUGAUCUACUUGACAAAAGGUCCAUCACAAGCUAUUGUGUCUUCUUUUGGACUAACCUAAUCUCUUGGCAUGCUAAGAAGCAACCAAUUGUAUUUAGGUCCAGCACAGAAGCAGAGUAUAGAGCAAUGGCUAUCACCACUGCUGAAAUCUUUUGGUUAAAGAAUUACAUAUUUUGCUUAAUACACCCCCUCGGCUAUAGUGUGACAAUCUAG